AGAAGCGUUACCGCAUAUUCUGUUUGUCUCGUUUGUCUGUUUUGAUGUUUAGUUCUUGUGUCGGCACAUUCUCAAAAAAGUGUUGAUAAUAUUAUCAUUAAUGUUAGUAUUUAAAGCCAUUUGAAGUGCAAAUCGAAGAAUAUUCUGACUCAACAUUUCCGUCCCUUAGAAUGCCAAAGAAUCCCGACGCGGAAAAAAACAAUCCAUGUCUCCUCGAGCAGGAUCUGGUUAACAAGUGUCUCAAUAAAAACAACUACGAGAGCAGUAUGUGCGAACUGUAUUUCAGCAACUACAAAAAUUGCAAGGAAUUUUGGUACAAGGUUCGUAGGGAACGACGAGCCCAGGGAAAAUAUCCAUACCUGCCCGAAGUACAAGAUCGAGCUCAAAUCAAGGCGGAGUACAUGAAGACUAAACCCGUCAGUGGCUAGCGAUUGUUGGGUAUAUUUGCAAGGAUAUGUGUUGUGAUAAAAGAGGAGAAUGACGUUGGAGUUUUUUUUUUCUUUGCUGUGCCAAUUACUUGACGGCUGAGACCGUUCACGGUCCAUCUCGCCAAUGACGGUGGAGUGUUGUAGCAAUAAAAGAUUUAUCUAUGUUAUGAA